GAGACACGUGACCUUUGUCACAUGUUGUUCAAAAUGGCGACGACGCCAACGAAAGAAACGAAAAUCGACUGUUGUGUUUGUUUUUCACAAAAUAAUAGAGUUAUCAAAUUAAACGGCAGAAAGCUAACGUCCGAAAACUUUGACGAGGAGCUAAGUUUACUUCUACAGGACAGUGAUUUGGUGUCUAAACUUAAAAUCGCUGACGCUGGAAUAUGCCGCAACUGCCACAACAAAGUGAAGGGUUCGUUUGAGUUUAUUAAACACCUCCGAUCCUCUUGCAGGUCAUUUGUAAAUUUGCCUUAUCAUGUAAAAAGGGCAAUGCCCUCUCCCCUUACGCCAAAAAGUAUUCAGACAUGCAACACGACUGCUGAUGAAGCUAAUAAAGUAGUUCAGUCAAAGUCGAGAAAAAGACUUAAAGUAACGUUUGAGAACCCAGUAACCAUGUGCCAAAAUACAACUCCAUCUCUUCCAUCUUAUCAUACAACUGCAUGUACAAAGUCCACAAUGCCAUCAGAGCAUGGCUAUGCAACUGUUGGUCAAAAUUUAAAAAGCGAUAGCGAACUAGUUGACCCUGCGUUUGAAUUGAUUAAAUCUGCUUGGGACAAUCUUAUUAAGGAUAAAGAAAAUGCACUUUCAGCAUGUUCCUUGGAUGAAAACGUUUUUCAUGAAUUAAGAAACCAAUCAAAGGCCCUUAUGUCAAGAACAACAAUGUUUGCUUCUGUAUUGUUUAAAUACAGAGAGGCAAACACAUUGGUGGAACAUGCAGAUCUUCUUCUCCAUGAUAUCAUAGCUGAGAUGAAAAACAGGAUGCCACAUUUAUUAAAGGUCAUGUGUUCUGUAGCUGUUCCUGAUAGUGGAAAGAUUUCCCCAUCAAUCAUUCCAGUCCUGGCAACAUGCUACAGUAUUCUUAUGAAGCACAAGUACCACAACUUGUCAGCUUUCCACCGACUAACAAGUGCAAUUGCAGUUGAAGGGGGGCUGAGUGAUAGAGUAAAUUGUUACAAUGAAUACAAUAACAACAAACUUAACAACUAACCUGUUAUUACUAAAUUCAUUUACAAGUAGUAAUGAUGGAGGUAUGAAACCCUGCGCAAUACAUUAUAAACACGGUAAAUAUUUUGUGUCCUAUGUGGUCACUGGAUUAUGGAUUCACAAAUACAACAAAUUCCAUGAUUAUUCUAAUAUUAUGGAAUUAAUUAAUAUAUAUAUACAUGUAUAACAUUUAUAUUCUUUCAGGUGUCUCAUAUUUACCAUCUUCUGCUUUUAAAAAUUUCAGACAAGUAGUUUGAUUUGCUUUGACAUUAUCAUUACAGUUUGAUAUGAUUAGUUAGUUUUUCCUCUAUUAGUUCUUUUUAGUAUAUUUUUAUAUUCUAAGUUAUUUCUAGUACAGUUCGAUCUGCAUGGUUAUUUAGUAUUGUUUGAUAUGCUUAGUUUUCAUAGUAAAAAAUUGUUAUGCUUUAUUAUUAUUAUGAUUACAGUUUAUAUGCUAAUAUAUUAGUUAUAUAGUUAUUAUUGUUAU